AUGUCGACCACUCCAGGAGUAACUUUCCGAAAGGACGGAACGAAAACAUUCAUCCCGCUCGAGAACAACCCAGAAGUGUUCACCAAGCUCAUUCAUAACCUAGGCAUCUCCAAGAAGCUCGGUUUCUACGAUGUCUACAGCGUUGACGAGCCUGAGUUGCUGGCCAUGAUUCCUCACCCCGUCCACGCCCUCAUCUUUAUCACUCCUGCGCCUAUGUGGGCUCGCGUUCGGGAAAGUGAUCCUGGUUCAAAAGAGUUAACAUACGAUGGCUCUGGUCCAGAUGAACCCGUCAUGUGGUAUAGACAGACUAUCGGACACGCCUGCGGCCUCAUCGCUCUCCUACACAGUGUAAGCAACGGUACGGCCAAGGAUUUUAUCAACCCAGACUCGCUCCUAGACGAGAUCAUCAAGGAGACACAGGACCUUAAGCCCCUUGCACGUGCCGACUUCCUCUACAAUUCCGUUGAACUGGAAAAGGCCCAUAUGGAUGCAGCUAUGACAGGGGAUUCUGCAGCACCUACGAGCCAAGAACCUGUCGGGUAUCAUUUUAUCAGCUUCGUCAAAGGUUCAGACGGUCAUCUCUACGACCUAGAGGGAGGUUGGGGCGAACCAGUUGAUUGCGGUAUCUUGGAUGAAGGAAAUGACCUCCUUAGCGAACAGGCGCUUGAAGCAACUGUCAAGAGGUACACCAAGGUUGCCGAUGGUAACCUCGAGUUCAGCAUCAUUGCUCUAUCAACAAUUCCAGAGGAAAACUAG